CUGUGCCUCCCUUUCUUCACAUUCCAUUCCCCUUCUUCCGCAAGUUCGCUCUCUCUCUCUCUCUCUCUCUCUCUAAAACCCUAAAUCUUUCAUUUUCUUUAUUUCGUUGUCUCUCUCAAGAAGCGAAUACAGGCUCUUUUUUUUCUUUCUAAAUUAAUAAUGGAGUUGUGUGUAGCGUUUAUGUCAUUGUUAUUAGUGUUAAUUCCACGCUUCGGGUCAGCUGGGGACAUAGUACACCAAGACGAUAUUGCUCCGAAGAGGCCUGGUUGCGAAAACAACUUCGUACUGGUAAAAGUCCCAACGUGGGUAGAUGGUGUAGAGGACGUCGAGUAUGUUGGCGUCGGUGCUCGUUUUGGUCCUACCUUGGAAUCGAAGGAGAAACAUGCUAAUCACAUUAAACUUGCUAUGGCAGACCCUCCUGAUGGCUGCACCGUACCAAAAAAUAAGUUUUCAGGGGAAUUCAUUCUUGCACACCGAGGAAAUUGCAGCUUCACAACCAAGGCAAAUAUUGCUGACGAUGCUGGUGCUUUAGCCAUAAUUAUAAUAAACAACCAGACAGAACUUUUCAAGAUGGUGUGUGAAACCAACGAGAGUGAUGUAGUGAUAGGCAUUCCUACUGUCAUGCUCCCACAAUAUGCUGGUGCAAACUUGGAAAACUUGCUAAAGAACGGCUCCAUGGUUUCUUUGCAACUAUACUCUCCUCGGCGUCCACCGGUGGAUGUUGCAGAGGUGUUUUUAUGGUUGAUGGCUGUCAGUACUAUAAUAUGUGCUUCUUACUGGUCGGCACGGAGUGCAAAAGAAGCAGCUAUAGAGCUGGAUAAGCUCUUAAAGGAUGGUUCGGAUGUAGAUAUGGACGGGUUAGGUUCUAAUGGUGCUGUGGACAUUAAUGUGACAUCAGCCAUUCUCUUUGUUGUAAUUGCUUCUUGUUUUCUGGUUAUGUUGUACAAACUCAUGUCAUUCUGGUUCAUUGAGGUUCUGGUGGUUCUGUUUUGCAUUGGCGGCACAGAGGGCCUCCAAACUUGCGUGGUGUCUUUGUUAUCUUGUUUCAGAAGGUUUCAACGUGCUGGGGAGACGUUUGUUAAAAUUCCCUUCUUUGGAGCUGUCUCGUAUCUUACAUUAGUCGUUUCUCCACUCUGCAUUACAUUUUCUGUUCUUUGGGCGGUUUAUCGACGCUAUUCGUUGGCUUGGAUUGGUCAGGAUAUCCUUGGCAUUGCAUUGAUUAUCACAGUUCUUCAGAUUGUUCGUGUACCAAACCUCAAGGUUGGAACAGUUCUUCUCAGUUGCGCAUUCUUGUAUGACAUUUUCUGGGUUUUCGUAUCAAAAUUAUGGUUCCGUGAGAGUGUGAUGGUAGUGGUAGCUCGUGGUGAUAAGAGUGGAGAGGAUGGUAUUCCAAUGUUGCUGAAGAUUCCACGGAUGUUCGAUCCUUGGGGUGGGUUCAGCAUAAUUGGUUUCGGUGAUAUCAUAUUACCAGGAUUGCUGGUAGCUUUUUCACAAAGGUAUGAUUUUCUGGCAAGGAGAAGUUUUCGAGCAGGCUACUUCGUUUGGGCGAUGACUGCUUAUGGUUUAGGUCUCCUCAUCACUUACAUCGCUUUGAACAUGAUGGAUGGACAUGGCCAGCCAGCUUUGCUUUACAUUGUUCCCUUCACACUUGGCACUUUUCUGACUUUGGGAAAGAAGAGAGGUGAACUCAAAACCUUAUGGUCAAAAGGAGCACCAGAGGGGCCCUGCAAUCAUGUCCAACUCCAACCGGCACAGUAGUAUAUGCCACGACGUCUUGCUAAUGAAUUUGCGUGCUGGUUAUGGUUAGUACAGGAAGCUCGGGAGUUUAAUCUGCAUAUAAGGUAUAGGACGUAACACUUGUAGAAUAACAAUUGCUUUUCAUAUAGCAUUCGAGCUUAGGAUGCAGUGCACAAAAAAUGUAACCCCUUGUUUACGUAGAGGCAUGAGUACUAUUAUGAACCAAAUCAGUCAGAGACUGCUCCAAGAUCAUCUGUAAUUGAAUUCUCUAAUGGUUAGCAUUUUUAAUGAAAGCUGGAGCAUAGGUUUCCUUAAAAA